CAGAGGAUACUCGACCGAUUGGUUUCAUCCUCGACCCUCCCUCUCUCCCAUCUCCAACUUCUAUCUAGGAGUCCCGAUUGUCGGAACCGACGGAAUCUAAGGGAUCCACGAGGGAAUUGAGAAAUUCCGCGAUCGAAAUCGACCAAUUGGUCCUCUAAGCCAUCAUGGAUAUCGUCCUCGAGUUCUUCGACCGCUACGUCCUCGACCGAGUCUACGCCGCGUGCCUACCCGCACCCCCCGAAGUGCUCGCCCAUCAUUCUCUCUCCGGAGUUGGCUACAAUGCCUCCCUCGGUGCCGACGGCGCAUCGUCUCCGUACAAUUAUCAAUUCACCCCCGCCAGCAAGUACAUAUCGUUCGAGCCGACCCCGUGGGCAUAUAUGAGUCGGUGGCCGAGAGACAAUGUUUGGCGGCAGGCGUUGAGCCUGUUUAUGAUCACAUGGAUAUUCGGUUACGUCCUCUACUUCGGCUUCGCCUCCUUUUCCUAUUACUUCAUCUUCGACAAAGCGACGUUCAAGCACCCAAAAUACCUUAAACACCAAAUUUCCCUGGAGAUCAAGCAAGCGCUCACGGCCAUCCCUUUCAUGGUUCUCCUCACCUGCCCCUGCUUCCUCGGCGAAGUGCGCGGCUAUUCAAAAAUGUACGACACCAACGCCGACGGGCCGGGAACGUGGUACAACAUCCUUCAAUUCCCCCUCUUCAUCCUGUUCACCGACUUUUUCAUCUACUGGAUCCACCGCGGGCUCCACCAUCCGUUGGUGUACAAGCGCUUGCACAAGCCGCAUCACAAGUGGAUCAUGCCGACGCCGUACGCCAGCCACGCCUUCAACCCGCUCGAUGGCUUCGCGCAGAGCAUCCCGUACCAUGUGUAUCCGUACAUCUUCCCGUUGCAGAAGUGGGCGUACGUAGUGCUGUUCGUGUUCAUCAACAUCUGGACUAUCAUGAUCCACGAUGGAGAGUACGCGACCAAUUCGCCCGUCAUCAACGGCGCGGCGUGCCACACCAUGCACCACCUCUACUUCAACUACAACUACGGCCAGUUCACCACCCUGUGGGAUCGCCUCGGCAACUCGUACCGCAAGCCCAACAUCGAGCUCUUCUACCGCGAGACGAAGUUCGGCAAGGCAGAGUGGACGCGCCAGACCAAGGAGAUGGAGACCAUCGUCAAGGAGGUGGAGGGCGAGGACGAUCGGAGUUACGAGGAGAAGGUCAAGGAGAAGAAGGUCAAAUGAACUGCCUACCAGAGAGGAGAUCUUAUGCAAGGCGGAUUGAGCGCGUGAAUUGAAUGAAGAUGUACGAAAGCG